AUGAGGACUUUAGGAGCAGGUUCAGUGGAGAAGGCAUUGCUGGCUCCCUCGUUGCUAGCAGGAGUUGUGUUCCCGGUAGUUUGGGGGAAUCAUCGUAUGGACUUGGUGCGUGUGGCGAAUAGCAGACAAGUUCAGCAGACUCAGAGCAGCUGGUCUAACACGGACGAGGCGUUAUACCGCGGCUUGGAGGUCAUGGGGAGGCUGCCGGAUGCAGAGCUGGGCGUGGGUUCGAAAAUUCGCUUGGUGGAGUCAGAAGAAAGGGAAACACUGUUUGCCGACUUAUUGAUGGCACACAGCGAACUUAAACAGGCUAUACUGGCCAACGUUGCUCACUUCCUAGUCACUGUCGGCAGAUGGGCAGGCAACUACGAUACGGACGAACUUUCAGCAGACCAGAAGGAUGACCUAAAGGGCUGGCGCAGUCGGUUUAAGGCCCUAUGUCGUAACAGCCUAUUCGAAAACGGCUCUUUCCAAAGACGAGAAUGGGAUAUUCCUGAAGUCUUCAGCUUCGCUGUCGCGACUGCACACUACGCCCACAUACUCGAAGCUCCGGUUGGCCACGAGUUCGUCGAAAUCCCCUCGUUCGUACCCACGUCCAUUGAAACCACCGUGACAUCAGCGGUGGCAUCAUCUGGUCAAGCAGUCCUCCCAAGUUCAUAUCCUGAACCAACAACUCUCGCUGGCGUGGUGACUCUUGCUGGCGUGGUAACUCUCCCUGGUGAACCUACUUUUUCAGCUGAAGCUGAAAAAGUCGGGGAAGGAUUCCAGGCAAGUUUCACUGAAGUGGCCCAAACAAGUUUGACUGAAGAAGCAGCUUUAGUCAAAGCAGCCCCCGACAACAUUGAGGGACCAGCGCCCGUCUGCGAAUCGAUCUCUGAAUGUGUUUCUAACGACUACACAGCUGCAUUAGGCACGGAGUUGGUGGAUGCCGUUGAGGCCCUCUUUAAACUGAUCCGCUCCCCGCCGACAUUGGACACUGCAGGGUACUACUUUACUGCUUGUCGGGAACUCUUGCGCGACCCAAUGAUCAGACAGACACCGGCCCUCAUGUCCGAGGUUGUUGAGAUCCGAAACAAGGCGUUUGUAGAGAUGCUAGCGAAUAAUAGCGCUAACGAAUUAGAAGUCUUGCACACAAAAAGAGUGCUAGAAUCCGUUGUAUGCAGUGAGCCACUCGACAUUUUCUGUCUCAAAUGGGCUCCCGGUAACCAACAAAGAGCAGCGACCGAGGCAGCCGCUUUCGCUGCUGACCAUGACCUCUGGUAA